AUGCCCGCAAGGAAACGACCCGCCCGCGAAAUGGAAGUAGACUCGAGAGCCGCAGUUGGCAGCGGCGGCGUGGACCACAUCAGCAAGAACGGCGAUGUCGUCUUCUACUUUCCGGGCACUCCCACGAACGGCAACAACAAAAUCACCAAGAUUCGAGUCUCUUCCGCCAUCUUAACGAUGACAUCCCCCGUCUUCGCCACGCUAUUGGGCCCUCACUUCCGCGAAGGACAAGAACCUCGAAACCCGAGCAGUCCCCUCGAGAUCCCGCUCCCUGAAGACGACUUGCAGACGAUGUCUGAUCUAUGCCUUCUGCUGCAUCACAUCUGCGUACCUGAGUUUGCUUUGGCCUCGGAUCUGGACCGCGUGGUGGCCUUCGCAGUCGCGGCCGACAAAUGGGACUGCACAGAAGCGUUGACGCUGCAAUCGCGAGGGAUUCUGCUCCAGGCUCUGUAUCACAACGUCGUGAGCGACGAUGGCGUGGGGUUGGCCAAGCUCGCCACGAUCGCGUAUUGUUUGAACGAAGAGCAGAUCUUCGCCGAUGUGGUUGAUACGCUCAUGUUGAACUACGCAGGAUCGUUCUUGGAAGUGAAGAAUGAGUUGGAGGAGAGCAUUCUGCCCGUACAGUUUUACCUCGUCCUCGAAGAAAGACGAAGCAAGGCUCGUGAGAAGCUAUCAGUCGGACUUCGAGAACUUUCAUCCUUCUGCAAGAGAUGCAAAACCACCAUGGCCAAAGGCGCCGUUGACAGCGAAUACCUGCGACACAUCGCCAUGGACGAUCCGGAAAGUGACUGGCCUCCUGCCUGGCAAGAAAAGUCCAUCACGUUGGACAAAGCCUUCAACCACAUCCGCUCCCUCAAGCCCAUCGCAUUCCGGCCGAUGGUUGCCUGCAAGGAUUGUGGUAGCCGGAUACCCACUACUGUGCACCGGGCGGACUUUGAGGCAUUGUGUCGCAGGACCGCGCGGCUAUGGGAAGGCCUUUCGCUGGCCUGCAUUGGAGAAGACUGCUUGUUGUUCAAGGAGGAUUCGCUUCGAUGUGCGUACGAGGGCGAGGACGCCGAGUAG